GAAGGUGUCAAGUGCAUUAUUGUGAUCAUCGUAUGGCCUGGCUGCAGAAUGCUUCGCCAGGAGGCAGUAACGCCUCAGAAACCUGGUAGGGAGACAUCACAUCGGACAUGGUCGAUCAAUUAUAAAUACUCGGCCAAAUGUCUCACUCGAGCGAAUAAUCCCCAUCUUUUGUAAUUUAUAACUUCCAAAUCUUAUUUCACAGUGACCCUCAGAAUCAAAUAUGCCCGAGUCCAACGUCAGUUUGGUUGGUGAUAACUACUUUCUUUGCGGUCCCUAUGGACGCAACCUAAGUGGUGCUUCGGACAGGGAGUUCGCCAAAGCGUUCCAACACCCUCCAGGAGUCCAUCAUGCUUUUGUGGCAAUUGGUGAAGACGACUGCUACUUCACCAAAUACUACAACGAGAGAACCGAACGAUUCACAUGGUCCUGGUCUCUUUCCAGCUACGGUGGCCUCGACAGAGCACUCGACUCUCUCGAUGGCGACACCCCCGAGUUUGUGUCCCUCGGGAGUGAUGGUUACUACUUUAUGCGCACCAGAAGCGGCCGCAUCUUCUGGAAUCUCCCAGAUGCAGCCGAUGAGUUUGUCGAAAAUGCAGACCCAGAUAACAAUGGCGUCAAGUAUGUCUGGCUAGGAACCGAAGGCUCAUACGUGGCCCAGAAGGAAUCUGGACAUAGCCAAUGGAACCUCCGUGGUAACUACGGGAGUCUGGAACAGUCCAUCAGUACCAUGCCUAGGUUCCGGACCCUGGGUUUGAACCUUGAGAAUGAUCGGUCGUACUUUGUGGUGUUUGAUGAUGGCUCGGUUAUGUGCAAUCCUGUCGGUACGAACUUGACUAAGGAUGCAUUCAGAGCAUGGGCUCGACGUGCAUAAGUUGAGUAGAAGAUAGCAACCUUGCCCUUUGAAAUUUGGGUAGAUGUUUUGGAAUCUUAUGUGUAAGCCACAGGCCAGUUUUCGAGGCGUGAAGUUAGUCCAAGUCUGUAAGAGCCAAUGGAGAAUAGCCUGAACUUGCCCUUUAUUCCGUACC